UUUACUCGUAUAAAAUAGGGGUGCACAUACUGUAUCAAAUCACUACCAGUGCUCCGUCUCAGUUAAGGUAGUUUAGUUCCACAUAUCCGACCGUUUCACGUCGGCUUUUCAACAAGCCGCAACUACUUUUUUCUGUUUUCUUCGGAGUACCUGCUCAGCAGUGUAGCCUUAUAAAAUGUGGAAAUCCACAUUGGCGCUAUUUGCGCUUGCUGUAUUUAGUGUCGAAAUUUCAGAAGCCGUUCGAUGUUGGAAAUGUGACAACGGUUUGACGAAUGACGAUUGCAUCAACAAAGGACAAAGUGUAGAAUGUGCUGGCGAACAUGGCGGAUGCUUUUCGGAAAUCAGAUAUCACGUGGGUUUAAUUCCACCAAUCAGAAUUACAAAAAGAUGCAAACAAGGCCUUGCAUGCGACAACAACGAAUUUCAGAAUGAUAAAGGGAAUCAUCCAUACCAAUGCAACCCUAGAAUUCCGGAAUCUAUCUGCAGAUGUUGCUGCGAGAGAGAAGAUUGUAAUAAACCGGAAUUGGGAUGUCUUCCAGUAUACCCGGAUUGUCCAGAAUUGAAAAUUCCAAGAAACGCAGAAAGGGAUUGUAAAUACGAUCAACCAAACAUCGGAGAGCAAUGUGUAUACACAUGCAAGGAAGGAUUUGAAUUGGUUGGAGAACCGGUCCUUAACUGCAUGGCGAAAAAUGCAAAGGAAUCAGUCUGGGAUAACAAAUUACCAAGAUGCAAACCCAAGAAAUGUUUGCCUGAAUACAACUCACUUAUCAACGGGAAUGUUGAGUGCACAAAUAGAAAUAGGGUUGGCAGUACCUGCACAUUUACUUGCAAAAGUGGCUACAGGCUCGAGGGACAAACAAAAGCAACUUGCGCUUCAUCUGAGAACUGGGAUAAUCAACCUCCAAGAUGUAUCAGAAUCACUUGUCCUCCACCAAUGAUCCCGCCUACCUUCGGGCGAGUCGACUGCAGUGAUUCUAACAAUGGCGGUAGUGUGUGCCGUUUCACAUGCGAAAAUGGAUAUCAACUCCUCGGAAGCCCAACUUCAACAUGUGUAGAUGAUGAAAACGGUGAUCAGUAUGGUCGAUGGACAAGUCCGGUUCCACGAUGUGGACUUCUUAAAUGUCAACCUCAAAGCGCCUCACCAACCAAUGGAGAUGUUACAUGCUCAGAUGGAAACAAUGGUCGCAGUAAAUGCGAGUACUCUUGCCAGCCUGGAUUCGCAGUUGUCGGAUCACCAUCAAGAACAUGCGAAGACGAUGGUGACGGUGAUGAAAUCGGAGAAUGGUCAGCACGUGAACCAUCCUGCCAACGUAUCAGAUGCAAGCCACCACGAACAUCACCACAAAAUGGUCAAGUAACAUGCUCUGAUCAGAAUUACAUUGACAGCGAAUGUACAUACACAUGUAAUGAUGGAUACAACAUUGUGCCAGCGACCUCAGAAAAAACUCUUUGUAGGGAUGAUGGUAAUGGUGACGCUACAGGGGAAUGGAGCAACCCACCACCAAUAUGCGGACCUGGUGAAUGUUUGCCUGUACAAGGUAAUCCAAUCAAUGGACGAGUUAUCUGCAGUGACAGUAAUGCAGUACGCAGCGUUUGUCGAUUCACUUGUGAUGAUGGUUACUAUAUGAAAUCUGCUGGAGGAACCGUGUACCCGAUUGCUACAACCGAUGUCAUCUGCAGAAAAGACAAUUCAUGGUCACAACAACCACCAACCUGUGAACCAAUCACUUGUGUACCACCACAUGAGAGCACUGACGAAAAGAUUGUUGCCUGCACUGAUUCCAAUAACUACAGAUCUGUCUGUACUUGGGAAUGCAGAGAUGGAACUCCAAUUGUUGGUCAGAUCGAAAGCGAAUGCCAAGAUAAUGAUGGAACACAAUAUGGAAAAUGGGUGCCAGAAAAUCCUGUCAACUACUGUAACGAAGCCAAAUGUCAACCACCACUAAUUGCCCCACAAAAUGGCGCUGUCAGAUGCACUGAUGGCAGGAAUGCUCUCAGUGUCUGCUCUUUUAUGUGCGACAGCGGAUAUUACAUGGUCAGUGCAGAUGAACAACCCAUUCGAUCAGGCGAAAUGGACAUCGACUGCAACAGAAAUGGUGAAUGGUCUGACUUUCCUCCAAAAUGUAGACCUGUCCAUUGCGAUCCAAAACGCGAAAAUCCCGAAAACGGAUUCGUAUCUUGUUCACUGGACAAUCAUUAUGGGUCAAUUUGUAAAUUUGAGUGCAUCGCUGGAUAUGAACUUGAAGGUGAUGAAAUCAAUGAAUGUCUCGAUUCCGUACCUGGAGACGAAGAUGGUGACUGGAGCAAUUCACCACCAGUUUGUAGACCCGCUGCCUGCACACCACGUCUUGUCACUCCAACCAAUGGUGCAAUGUCUUGUUCCGAUGGAGCAAAUUUCAACAGCGUUUGCAAGUUUUCAUGUUUCGAAGGGUAUUACAUGUUGAGUCCAGCAGAUGAUGCCGUCAGUUCAAAUAGAUGGGAGAGUUUGUGUCGAUCUGAUGGAACAUGGUCGGACCCCGAACCAACUUGCGAACCAAUUUAUUGUCUUCCUGAACAAACCGGACCUCGACAUGGAGAUGUUGACUGCACCGACAGAAACAACUACAAAUCCCGAUGUACUUUCACUUGCAAUCCUGGCUACAGAUUAUCGACACCAAAAGCCACAACUGAUUGCUUGGACGAUGGCAGUGGUGAUGCUCUCGGAUAUUGGUCGGAUCCAAAACCAGAAUGUCUUCCACGUGCAUGCUCGCCUCCACAAAAAGCUCCAAUAAACGGCAAAGUCUCUUGCUCCGAUGGUGCAAGCUUUGGCAGCGUCUGCACAUUUCGUUGUAACAAAGGAUAUUACCAGACAACUUCGGCAGGAGAUCUUGUCAGAAGCAAUGACCUUAAAACUGAGUGCUUAGAUACCAAUAGUUGGAGUCGGGAUCCAGCUAAAUGUCGUCCGAUUGUCUGCAGACCUCCACACAGUGCUCCAGAGGACGGGUCUGUUACAUGUACCAAAACCAACUUGUACCAAUCAAUCUGUAGCUUCAAGUGUAAACCUGGAUACGAAAUUGCCGGCGAACCCAAGAGCGCCUGCGAAGAUGAUGGCAAUGGUGAUGAAGAUGGAGAAUGGUCGUCACCUGCACCAUCAUGUUCACCGUCUACUUGCAACCCACGAUUGACCGCACCUGGUCAUGGCAGCAUUACUUGUACAAACGCAAACACAUUCGGAAGCACCUGCUCAUUCACAUGCGAUGAAGGCUACUACAUGGUUGCCAAUUCGAGAACUAUUGCGGGCAACGAAAUCUCAUCCACUUGUGGACCAGGACGAAAAUGGACACGUGCACCACCAACCUGCAGACCAAUCACCUGUAUACCACCACACAGAAAACCAGCACAUGGCAGCGUAUCAUGUACCAACAAGAACUUCUACAGAUCAGAAUGUACAUUCCAAUGUGACUUGGGUUACGUCAUGCAACCAGGACGUGGCGGGUCAGCCCCAGUGGAUGGAGGAGUUCUCAGUGCCUGUGGAGAGGAUGCAGUCAUUGGCGAUGCAAAAGGCGCAUGGUCUGAACCAGCACCAUCAUGCACACCUGAUCAGUGUCCGGUCAGAACCGCACCAGUAAAUGGAAGAGUCACGUGUUCAAAUGGAAAUCUUUUCGGCAGCGUUUGUACAUACGUUUGUAACAAAGGCUAUUUCAUGAGAGGACCCGACGCAUCCAUACUGAAGAGAAACUUACUCAAGACAAAUUGCUUGGAGUCACUCACAUGGAGUGUAGAGGAGCCUACAUGUGAACCAAUUAUUUGUCAACCUGAGUUUGACGAUCCCGUUGACGGAUCAGUCACGUGCACAAACAGAAACUUCCAUCGAUCUGUAUGCACCUUUGAAUGCGAUCCUGGAUACAAGAUGAUCGGAAGACCAAAAUCGGUUUGCGAAGAAGCAGGUGGUGGAAACUCGGAAUUCGGGAAGUGGAGCCAAAAUCCACCAACCUGUAAAGAAAAUCUAUGCGAUCCCGACCUUCCUCUGGUACCCGAGAAUGGAAGAAAAUCCUGCAGCAAUGCUAACGUACUUGGCUCUGUUUGCACCUUUGUGUGUGACCGUUACCAUACCAGAAUAGGACCACAGAGGAGCAAAUGUAUCGAAACACGUGAAGGACUUAGAUGGUCGGAUCCAACGCCAACAUGCAGACCGGAUCUAUGUUUGCCGCCAAGAGAAACGUUGGAACACGGAAAAGUUACCUGCUCAAGAGGAAACUUCGUUACAUCUGUUUGUACAUUCAAAUGUACAGAACCAGGAUAUUCUCUAUAUCCGAAGGCCCGCAAAACAAACAAAUGUCUACCAUCAAAGAAAUGGGAUCUCGGCCCGCCUUGUUGCACACGUCCUUGCCCACCUAAUGCCAGGAUGGAUGCAUAUGUUAUUCUCGAUUCCUCUUCAUCCAUUGGAGAACCCAACUGGAUUAUUAUGAAGAAGUUCAUCUCAAGCAUUCUCUCAUCUUUCACCAUCUCCGAAGACACAACUCACUUUGCCGUUGUCCGUUAUAACAAAUUUGUUGAUACUGAUACUCAGAUCAAUCUUAGUGAUUAUACUUCCGAUAUUGCUGGUCUUCUUGCUGCCUUCGAUAGAAUUCCGUACAACGGCUCAGGCACAAGAACAGGACAAGCAAUUCAGCAUGUUGUUGACAACAUGAUGAGGCCAUCCAAUGGAAAUAGACCAGAUGUUCAGGAUCUUGUUAUUGUUAUUACCGACGGAAAGGCUCAGGAUGACGUAAAAACCCCAUCCGACGAGUUGAGAGCAAAGGGAGCUAUUACUUUCGCCAUCGGUAUUGAACCACCAGGCAAAGCCAAACUCGACGUAGGCCAACUUGAAGACAUAGCCGGACACCCAUUCAAUGUCCUCAUUGCCGAAGACGGUUUCGCUGGUUUGGAUGCCGGAUUCGCCCUCAAAAUCACAGACAAAGUCUGCGGAGAUCCAUGCGAUAAUUAGAAUAGUGACAACAUUUAUUAUACUAUGUUAUUGCUAUUUUAUUGUAUAUUCGCCAAUAAUAAGUUAUCGUAUUUUAGUUUGACCGGUGAUAGUAACUUAAAAAGAACUUUGGUACCGUUUUUUAAAUAUCCGAUCGGGUUAUUUCUGGGCUUGAGUAAUAUUUUUCAUCGCUUUGAAAGAGCAAUUCGUGACAUAGGAGUAUGUUUAUGUUAUGUUUUCUAGCAGCUUGAUGAAUGUUUUGUAUUAAUUUUAAGUUACCAAAUAAAUGCUGUAUUUAACAUUUAUUUAGAACAUUUUCGUCGUUUAGAAUUCCGCAUUGAACGUAUAAUACACUGGUAAUACCAAAAA